CCUCAACCCCAGGUGCACAUCCGCCAUCCGCAUCCUCCCUCCUCGCGAGGCCCUGCUGAAUUUCCCUUCUUGUACGUUGCAUUGCUCUUCAGCGUGCUCCUGCACCCAUUGUCUGUUUGCCCACUGUCGCUCAAGCCGCACGGUUCCGCUUGCACGGGUGACAUCAUCCCAUCCCUGUAUCAAUCAAUAUCGAAGGCCACCACCACCACACCUUGGCCCUACAUUCCCUCGAAAUGCACACGCAGUCGCACCUGCGAUAAUAUCUAAUUCAACCAUGUUCGGCAAACGACGACGGGCAGCGUCGAAUCCGGCCCAGCGAGCGCCCCCAAGCGCAUCAGCUUCGCUCGCCGCGACCAAAGCCUUCGUCAGAGACCGCGAAUCGAGUGAGAUUCUCUCAUCCGCUGCUGCCGCUGCCGCCCUGCGCACACACGUUACCACGCCGACACUGGUAGGCGACACGGUCACGAAGCGCAUGGUGCGCCGCAAUUCAGCCUCUUCAAAUGGCAGCAACCCAAGGCCAGGUCUGUUGCGCCGACAGUCGAGUACAGCUUCUAUGACAGAGCGCUCAUUCCGCGCAGCAUCCCCCGGUCGAGGGAGUCCCGCCGACCCCAAUGCGCCACCCGUCCCUGCUGUCCCCAAGAACAUGCAACAAGGCGGCGCUGUACAUCGCCGCGCGUCCAGCUUAGAGCCUGCGUAUCGCGGCGGCUCACCAACCCCCAGGGGCGGAGGUAGGGGCGUGAGCCUGGACAGAGGCGAGCAAAACACAGCUGCUGCAAGGGGGCAACGACCGACUGGCCACCUUGCUCAGGUCUCUGAAGAAGAAGAUGCGGCCGGGCGAUCCGUCAAUUUCUCGCGCCCAAUGUCGCCAGGCACGCCAACGUCGAACCAAAACCCCUCCCCACCGUCGGGUCGUGGCUGGUUUGGUGGGCCAGUUGUGAAUCAAGAGGCCGUCCAGCGCAUGGCAUCAACGUCACGGCCCAAGACCUCGGGCGGCAUCUCCGAAUACGACCGCCAUAGCACGCAGCAUUCGGUCCAAAAUGCAGCGAAUCAGCCUGUCAAGACGCACCAGUAUUCGCAAGGAGUGGAAGGCUUCCGAUUGUCAAGUGGCAGCAUGCGAGCGAAACCCUCUGGUUCAGCUGUACAGUCAAGGUCCUAUUUGCCCCCAGCGACGCAGCAGGCGCCGCGUACUGUUGAUCCAAACUCGCCAAAUGCUAUUUACGACCCUUCAACUCGAACCUUCAUCCACAAGCAGGACGCCAUGGCUCGUCAUCGCGAGCUGCAACAGGAGCCAGAGCCGCAAAGUCAACACUACGUUGCACAGCGACGGGAUGGCUAUCAGCCACAACAGAUUCCCCAGCAACCCAGUCGACGCUCCCCGAGCCCUGUUCGGCGCUAUGUACAGUACGUGCGAGAGGAGCCGCCGGCUCCGCAGAAAAGAGAAGAAGUCGUGCUUCCCCAAUUGGACACAACUACGCACAGAAGAGAGCCUGAGGCACGGCCCGCAGAAUACUUUGCGCCAGAACCUCGCUCUGGUCCUACUAUAGAAAGACGGAGUUCAGAAGAUUUUGCUGACGCAGAUUUUCAACCUCCAGAGCUGGCGAAUACAGGUCGAAGGUUGGACGACGUCGAUCAGGGCGUGGAACAUGAAACUCCAACCAAAGUCGCCUCACACGUGUCUGCUGCAAGCCAAGACAACUCUUACCCGCGCCUCGCAACCCCUGUCAUCGCAACAACAACAAACAGUGUAGCAGGACAGAGUCGCGGUAGCGUUCGAACAGGACACGAUAGGCAAUCGUCGUUAAGUCCACCGCGCAAUGCUCACUUCGCCCCUAUUGCUAUUGAACUUGCCGGGGAGAAGCAUCAACCGCCACCGCGGUCGAUAUCUCCUGCAAAAUCUGCGCUAAAACCAUCUCCUUCGGUUUCUAGGCGCGGCAGCUCUCCGAUAACAGGGGAUGGGCACCUGCAGAUUAGAGGGGCCGCGAGCGAGGCUUCUGACACGACAUCCGAGGAUGGAUCGAAAAAGAAAAGAAACUUCAGGGUCAGCUUCGAAGAGAAACCAUUCGUCGCAGGCGCGACUGCAAACGCAGAUGCCGAUUCACCCACCUCUCCGGCAGGCUUAGGCGCGUCAAAAUGGAGUCAAGCUGCUGCUGAACAGGAGGAUGAUUUUACAGAUUUCAUGAAGCCACGCUCAGCACUUCCAUCCUUUAGCAGCAUCCGGGAUAGAGAUCGACGAUCUACAGAAGACAACGAAGCUGAAAAGGUCACUGAAACGGUAUCGACGACGCCCAUGUCAGCAUCCGUAGGCUCCAUUGGAGAGCCCUUACACUCUUCCAGUGACCACGUUGUGGGUAGCAUUCUCGCUCAAGACUUUGCUCAGAAGGGAGUAACAAACGAUCCACUUCCACCUGAGGUUACUUCAGUUGAAGGUAGCGGCUACGUCUCGGACUCCAGCGAUGACUCUAGCUUACAAAAGCACGGCGAGGAAAAACAAUCGACACAGCAACCACUCAUACCCGAACCAAAGUCUUUGACAACCCAAUUAGACGAAAAAUCUUCUACUCCAGGCGCGGCUUUUGAACGUAUCGUUGAAGUUCCACAGAUUGCACUUCUUCCGGCUACUCCAAGCCCGCACGAGAGGCCUGAACCCAAAUUCCAAAGUAUGAUGAUACCUGGAGGCUGGGCGGAUGAGACUCCUGAUGAUAUUGAAAGAAGCAUCGCCCCAACCGAGACCGUAUCGAAAGCGGCGCCGUUUGCGCCAGCUGUAGACCCUGUUCAUCAACAGCCAGAGCCUGUCUCACACGCCGAAGAAGAUGACACAACCGAUGAUAACAGUAGUAUAUACAGUGAUGCCUAUGAGGACCUUACCGAUACAGAAGGCGGCUUCGGUAGUAUCGAUGCCAUGGUCGAAAGACCAGUCAUUCCCCCAUCCUCGGGAUUAAUGCAUUCUCAGUAUGCAAACAGGAGUGCGACGGAAACUACAACAGAAAGUUCAACAUCGAAGCUCCAAAGGGACAGAUUUGCGGAUGACGACAGUGACUCGGAUACUACUCCCACGCAAGAGUGGGACGCCACCAGGCGGCCUUGGAGUGGGGCCACGACGGCUCAGAAGCAGCCACAGCACAAAGAGUCGCCUGUUGAACAAAGAUCACACGCUGAGGAGGUGGUCGCUCGAGUAAUGCAAGCUCCUGUUGUGCAGGAGGAGCCAAGGACAGAACGCCAGGUUGUCGCUAAAACAUCGCCUCAAAUACUCACUUCACCACCAGCCUCGCAAACGCCUACGAAGCCACUCAAGUCAGCGCUAAAGAAGAAUGCGGUAGCACAGCCAACUCAGGCUGCAGAACCUCAGACAAGGCAGACGAUGCGAGGUGCACCUCGACAAGGUCCACCACCCAGACAAGGCCCUUCAUCCGAUACUCAAAUGAAGAAGACUAUGCGUACAGGGCCAAACACAUCUACUUCGCGAGCAGAGCCACAAAUGCGGUCAAGUAUGCGUGCUUCCAACGAACCGACGUCACGGGUGGUACCACAGAUGCGAAAGAGCAUGCGUUCAGAUGAUUUUGCCCCUUCUACCAGCAUGGGUCUAGCUGCAUCGCGCCAUAGUAUGGUGCCCAUGGACACGAAACCGCCUCGCGGUGCGCUUCAAAAGAGACACAUUCCAGCUGCAGCUCCGGUUCCUAAGCCUAGGCCGCAGAGCCUGCCCGCCACCAAGCAAGCUGCUGCAGCGCCAACGUAUGACAGCGAUUCUGAUGCUUCAGCGAGCAGUUUUCAACGAACACGCGCAAGAGGAAGAGGGAAUCAGAGCGGCCGAUACACAAUGCGUGGUUCGAUGAGACAAGAACCUGCGCCCACAAUGCGGGCAAGUGCACCCGCACUCAAGCAAGUACGGUCAAUAUCACCCCCAGGUUCUCCAACCCCUGCGUUGCGCAAGUCGAUGCGGCCUACUUCGGCAAUUCCGGCUACUCCAGAGCCUAUUAGAAACUCCAAAUUCAGUAUUAGAUCGUUAUCACCUAUGGGGAGGUUCCGCUCUAGCAAGAGUCCGGAUGCUGGGCCGCCCUCGCCUACCCAACCAAAGAAAAUGCCUGCCUUCAACAAGCAGCCAAAGCAAAAAGCGGAGCGUGGUAGAGCUGUCAAAGCUCCCAUCAAGAGCCGCUUCGCCGACUCGAGCGAUGAAGAUGGCGAUGACAAGCCUCGACGCUUCCAAAGCCGAUUUGCUGACUCUGACUCUGACGAUGCGGACGACUACAAACUGCCGCCAGGUUUGGCUCCUGUACGAGGAAUUCCUCGGAAAGCAGGCGAGGAGGACGGCGACUCAACAGAUCUUGAGGAAGAAGCCGAUAACGAGAGUCUUAUGCCGCCGUCUACGCCUGUUACAAAAUCAGGGCCAGCAACGAAUGGGGUCACUAAUGGCCAAACGAGUGGUAAGGCGAAUAGCGAAGGUGCAAUCCUAGCUACUGGCUCGUUACGAGACAGUAAGCAUGCUCCAGCACUACCUUCAUUCGAAGGCGGUAGCAAAGCGAAGGCCAAGCGUGGAUUCUUUGGCUUAGGGAAGAAGAAGGUCGAGAAGGCAACUGAGAAGGCGACUGUAACCGAAGCUGAUGCAGCAGCUCCGCCUGUGCCUGCACCAUCUGACAUUCCUAUGCCACCCACAAAACCCAACCGCGAAUUAGGACUUCCACUUACUCCCAUCGACGAAGACAAAGACUUUGAUGCAGUAGAAAAUUCCCCACAAAGCAGACGAUCUCCUAAGUUGCAGCGACGCUCAACACCCGAAUGGCCCCUCGCUCCCCCGCCGGCUAUUGGAAAAGAAGAGCGUCCAAUGAGCUCCGAUGGCAUCGCCCCACGCCGACCGCGCUUCCAGGGCCGUCAAGCAAGUACGAUGUCGAACACUACGGACCCAAUUAUUGAUGCCCAAGGCCGGUCCGUCUCGUACGGCAGGAGUGGGAAGAAGAAGAAGUUCCAGGGACUGAGGCGGGUCUUUGGACUGAAUGACUGA